CACUCCCCUCGCGCCGCGCCGCGUCUCCUGCUCUGGUCACCCGCGCUGAUUAAUUAAUCAUGAUGGGGCUGCUGCUCUUCCUGCAUUUAUCUGGGGCGGACGGGGCCACCGGCUCCAGCCGCAGCACUGUGAGGUGAAGCGAGCGCUCGCCUGCGCCCUCCAGCAUCUGCUCCAGCUCCCAGCCCGGCAUACCCUGACGCCGAGGAAGCGUCGCUCUCUAUGGCUCCGGAGGAGAUGCUUCAGAAAGCUGUUUGCUCGCCCCCAGUUCUGUCAACCAGCUCCUCAAGUGGAGAAUCACGUAUUAUUGAACUAAGUUUUUGAACUAAUUAUUCUCCACAUGGCCUUCCUCCUGGUGUCAGCUUAUCUUUUGCUGACUCACACUCAGGGUGCUCCUGUUGAGAAUGAGGCAUUGCUGGAGACGCUGAAGUCGCAAGUAGGAUUUUUCAGUAAUAAAAGUGAACACUAUUCUGCACAGGUGAGACCUCCUGGCACAAACCGACGAAUACCUCAGACGAUCAUUAUAGGAGUUCGCAAAGGAGGGACCAGAGCCUUAUUGGAAAUGUUGGAUAUUCAUCCUAAUAUUGUGGUAGCAACUACAGAAGUCCACUUCUUUGACUGGGAUGAAAAUUAUGUUAAAGGAAUAGACUGGUAUAGGCAUCUGAUGCCAUUUUCUUAUGAAAAUCAAAUUACUAUUGAGAAAACACCAGGCUAUUUUACCUCACCACAGGCUCCAGAAAGAAUUCAUGACAUGAAUAGCUCUAUUAAACUGCUGCUCAUUCUAAGAGACCCCACUGAGAGAGUAAUAUCUGAUUAUACCCAAGUAUAUUACAACAGACUAGAAAGUCACAAGCGUGUUCAGCCCUUUGAAGAAAUUGUUAUUAAAAAUGGAGCACUUAAUACCAAAUACAAAGCUAUUCAGAGAAGUCUCUAUGAUCUCCAUAUGGAAAAGUGGCUUAAGCAUUUCAACUUAGAUCAGAUUCACAUAGUGGAUGGCAAUACUUUAAUCAAAGACCCUCUUCCUGAGUUACAAAAAGUGGAAACAUUUCUUAAUCUUCCUUCCAGAAUUAUGUCUUCAAAUUUUUAUUUUAACCAAACCAAGGGGUUCUAUUGCAUUAGAAGUGAUGGAAGAGAGAGAUGUUUACAUGAAUCCAAAGGGCGUCCCCACCCUGUUGUCAACAACACUGUUUUAGAGCAACUUUACUCCUACUUCAGAGAGCACAAUGCAAAAUUUUACAGAAUGGUUAAUCAUUCGUUUGACUGGCAUUAAUACAGUUGGAAUAAAUGUUUCUUAAAAUGUCCUGAAAUAAACUAUUUUCAAAGUUACCUUUGUAAGCAAUCUGAGGUAGCUCAGACUGAAAACUUCAGAAGUUGUUGUUAUAUUGAAAACAAAGCCUUCAUUGGGGAUAGUUAUCCAUUAGCAGUACCCUUUGAACAUUGGAGAAAUAAGUUUGCUAUAUUUAUGUAUAACUAACUACUGUGGGCCAGAAUUUGAUUUCAGUUUCACUGCUCCAAAUCCAUUAAUUUCAGUGGAGAAACUUCAGAUUUACACCUGUAUGACUGAGAUUAGAAUUGUAAAAGCAGCAAAGAGUCCUGUGGCACCUUAUAGACUAACAGACGUAUUGGAGCAUGAG